CAGAGCACAGAGAACACGAAACACGAGGAAACAGACACAAACACACACACAGUCUCUGGAGGAAACCUGUGGACACGCGCGCGCAUCUCUCUGUGUGUGUGUGUGUGUGUGUGUGGAGAAUUGAAAUGAAAAGACACAUCACCUGCCCAUACUUCAUUUGAAUAUCAAGAAGAGUUGUGCAGAGCGCAGCAUGUUCUCGUCGGUGAAGCCGUUUGAAGAGCAGAGCUUCUCUUCUCUGAGGAAACAGUGCCAGCAGAACAGGACUCUGUUCGAGGACCCCGUCUUCCCCGCCGUCGACCGCUCGCUCUUCACUCACGGAAACCGCAUCGGGAAAGUCACCUGGAAGAGGCCGAGGGAGCUGUGUGAGGACCCACACUUGUUUGUGAACGGGAUCAGCGCUCACGACCUGCACCAGGGGCAGCUGGGAAACUGCUGGUUCGUGGCGGCCUGCUCCAGUCUGGCCUCCAGAGAAGCUCUGUGGCAGAAGGUUAUCCCUGAUUGGAAGGACCAGGAAUGGGACAAGCAGAAGCCGGAGGGUUACGCUGGGAUUUUUCACUUUCGGUUCUGGCGUUUCGGAGACUGGCUGGAUGUAGUUAUUGAUGACCGACUGCCGACCGCGAACGACAAGCUCAUCUACUGCCACUCUAACGACAGUAAUGAGUUCUGGAGUGCUCUGGUGGAGAAAGCCUAUGCCAAGUUAUGUGGAUGUUACGAGGCUCUGGACGGCGGGAACACGGCCGACGCUCUGGUGGACUUCACCGGAGGAGUCUCUGAGCCCAUGGAUCUGCUCGAGGGGAAGCUGACGCAGGACGAGGAGGCCAGGAAUCAGCUGUUCGAUCGAGUGCUGAAGGUCCACAACAGAGGAGGCCUGAUCAGCUGCUCCAUCAGAGCCACGAGUCAGGCAGACAUGGAAGCCCGGUUAGACUGCGGCCUGGUCAAAGGUCACGCGUAUGCGGUGACUGAUGUGCGUAAAGUGCGUCUGGGCACGGGUCUGCUGGCCUUCUUCAAAUCAGAGAAGCUGUCCAUGAUCCGCAUGAGGAACCCGUGGGGUCAGAGAGAGUGGAACGGAGCCUGGAGCGACAGUUCUGAGGAGUGGAAGAGAGUGAGUAAGGGUGAGCGAGAGAGGUUGGGUGUGACUGUGGAAGAUGACGGCGAGUUCUGGAUGGAUUUUGAGGAUUUCUGCAAGUACUUCACAGACCUGAUCCUGUGCCGCUUGAUUAACACGUCGUACCUGAGCAUCCACAAGACCUGGGAGGAGGAAGUGAUGCGGGGCUCCUGGUGUCGCCAUGACGACCCUUUAAGGAACCGAGCAGGAGGCUGCAUCAACCACAAAGCCACGUUCCUGCAGAACCCACAGUAUGUGUUUGGCGUGGCGUGUGAGCCAGAGGGCGAGGUUUUGAUCUGCAUACAGCAGCAGGACAAGAAGCGAGAUCUAAGGCGGCAAAGGAGAAACGUGGCCAUCGGCUUUGACAUCCAGAAAGUGGAGCUGAACCCGCACCGCAUGCACACCAUCCAGAAAACUGUGGGCAGCUCCAUCUACAUUAACUCCCGCAGCGUGUUCCUGCGCAAGGACCUGAAGGAGGGCCGCUACGUCAUCGUUCCGACCUUUGACCCCGGCCUGCAGGCAGACUUCCUGUUGCGCGUCUUCACAGAUGUACCUGCUGCCUGCAAGGAGCUGGUGACGGACGAGCCUCCUCACACCUGCUGGACCGGAUGCUGUGGUUACCCCAAGCUGGUCACUCAGGUGCACGUCCACAGGGCCGACGGACUCCAGGCUCAGGACUCUGAUGGAUCGUCCGAUCCGUACGUCAUCAUCAGCUGUGAAGGAGAGAAGGUCCGCUCUCCGGAGCACAAAAACACGCAGAGCCCGGACUUUGACGUGAAAGCUGUGUUCUACAGGAAGAAGCCGAAGGAGCCCAUCCGCAUUCAGAUCUACAACAAGAACCUCCUGAAAGACUCGUUCAUGGGUCAGGCGGUCCUGAGCGGCGAUCUGUCCGACCUGCAGCAGCUUCACACGCUCCGCCUGCGGGACAAAGCCAACCGGCAGAACAACGAACUUCCAGGUGUGGUGUCGGUCAGCCUCACUACCAGCGACGUCCUGACCAACAUCUGAGCGCUCUACGCUCUGCGGCUGCCUUUCAUCGUGGAGUACACGUCGUAUUACACUUAUGCUUACAUGAUCUUUAUUAGGGCCGGGACAAAGAAUUGAUGCAUCGCGAUUUGUGAAUCGAUUCAGAGAUUUAUUAAAAAUGCAUCGCGAUUCGUGAAUCGAUUCCUAGAUUAUUUAAAAAAUGCAUCGCGAUUCGUGAAUCGAUUCCUAGAUUAUUUAAAAAAUGCAUCGCGAUUCGUGAAUCGAUUCCGAGAUUAUUUAAAAAAUGCAUCGCGAUUCGUGAAUCGAUUCCGAGAUUAUUUAAAAAUGCAUCGCGAUUCGUGAAUCGAUUCCUAGAUUUAUUUAAA